CACAAUCCUCUGCACCUUUGUUUUCUUUUCUCCUCCAAUGGCGUCUCUUGGUAAACUCUUGUUCGUCACCCUUUUGGCCUCGUCGCUGUUAGCAUCCCCCGGCAGCGCCCAACUCUCACCCACCUUCUACUCAACUUCCUGCCCCAACCUCCUCACCAUAGUCCGCAAUGCAAUGACUCAGGCCGUCAACAACGAAGCCCGCAUGGCCGCUUCCAUCCUCCGCCUCUUCUUCCACGACUGCUUCGUCAACGGGUGCGACGCUUCGAUACUGCUCGACGAUACCGCCACCUUCACCGGCGAGAAGAAUGCGGGACCCAACCGCAACUCCGCCCGAGGUUACGAGGUUAUCGACGCCAUCAAGACCAGGGUCGAGGCCGCUUGCAACGCCACCGUUUCUUGCGCUGACAUCCUCGCUCUCGCCGCCAGAGAUGGAGUCGUCUUGGUGGGCGGGCAAUCGUGGACGGUGCCACUGGGCCGGCGCGACGCGCGGACGGCGAGCCAGAGCGCGGCCAACGUCCAGAUACCGGCGCCGACGUCCAGCCUGGCGACGCUGGUGACCAUGUUCUCCAACAAAGGGCUGAGCGCGCGGGACCUGACCGCGCUCUCCGGGGCCCACACCAUCGGGCAGGCGAGGUGCACCACCUUCCGCGGCCGCAUCUACAACGACACCAACAUCGACGCCGCCUUCGCCACCACCCGGAGGGCCAACUGCCCGGCCACCGGCGGCGACGCCAACCUCGCCCCCAUGGACACCACCCCGACCCGCUUCGACAACGACUACUACAGGGGCCUGGUGGCCCGCCGCGGCCUCUUCCACUCCGACCAGGAGCUCUUCAACGGCGGAUCCCAGGACGCCGCCGUCAGAGGGUACAGCAACAACGCCGCUUCUUUCCUCGGUGAUUUCGCGGCGGCUAUGGUCAGGAUGGGGAACAUCAGCCCGCUGACUGGGACUAAUGGAGAGGUCAGGAGGAACUGCAGGAGGAUUAAUUAAUUAACUAAUUAAUCCAAGACGCAUGAUUAAGGAUUAAUAUCCACUACUGCAUGGGAGACUUGGUUAUUAGUAAUAAUAUCCUACGUGUUUUAUGAGUGAAGGGGUGGUAAUUAGUAGUUUCUGUUUUUCAAUAAUUUGAGAUCUAGUUGGAAUUUUGGAGAUCUCUACGCUGAGGAGUAAGAAGAAGUGGAGGUUCUCGUGAUUUUUAAGACCAUAUGUGAACACAUGCAUAAUUAUGAUGAACGUGUAUCUGUACCCACCAAAUUUCAGUUAUAUGAAAUGUAAGAUUAUUCGAGCACAACUUUUUUUUUUUUCCAACAUUGCGUUUUUUUCCGUCUUCAAAGGAAAUCCUCGUUUCCUUCAGACAUAAACUUUGGCUAAUCACUUAACGUAUAUUUGAUUAUUUUCUCAAAAUUGCAGAUUAUUACAGCAGGGUAAAUUGGAUAUUGUAAAUGAAAGACAAGUCCGAGACCAUAUCAAAAGAGACUUGCUUUUCUAAUCUUUGUUAAGACACAACUUGAGCAAACUUACUUCAAGAGAAUUCGUAGCGAUUAAGGUGAAGAGUUCAAAUGACAUAACGAUACUCAAAACAAGGAAUAAUCCAUUAAAUUUUUUUUUGUUCAAAUCUGUUUAAUAAAUUCGAAGUUUGAAA